AUGAUCCUCCGCCUCUCUUCAAGUCCGGAGCAAGAAAUACGGUAACGAAUCAGGAAUUUAUCUUCCUAAGACACCCCCUCUCCACCCACCCUCCCCGCUGGAAUUGCCCUCCCGACUUUGCCGUAGCUGCCAAAAUUCCGCGGCCAGGACACAAGCGAGGGGAGGAAAAUAAGUGGGUAACUUUAUGCGGUUCUGGGAGUGCGUGGAAAUUAUUUACUCGCUGGAUAAAGGAUGGAAGGGCGACCUACAGCCAACCCUGGCGAGCUGACGGCACUGGGAUAAUUUAAACAAAACUCUCCCUCCUUCCAAAAGAAUAUCAGUCAUAACGAGUUUGGAGCUUUUUUUUCCACAAGGAUUUCAAGUAUGGAGAGGUGAAAGUAGAUCGAAUUUGCAGGAAAGGCACAAAUCUUCUGAUAUUCACUCACCGUGGAUUCUUUUUUUGGGAUUUAAAAAAAAUAUUUAUCUGGGAUUACAGUUUGAGGGAUGCUCGCAGACUGAAGCCGCUGGAUCGGGAAUCACUGCGCGUUCCUUGCGGGAUGACAGCGGACUGUGUGUCCACAAGCUCAACCGUCUGAGGAGGGCUGGUGGGUGGCUAACGGCUGACUGUCUCCCCCAGCCCUUUACCCUAGUCUGUCUGUGUGAGGGAUGCUGAGACGGGCUGUCCCAACAAUGGAUCCGGGCACUGGGUGCUGCCUCUGGGCUGCCCUGCUCUCUUUGGCGACUCUGAGUCGCAGCCAGGAGCUCAAUCCUAGCGGCAGGAAUGUGUGCAAGGCACAAGGUUCUUCUGCAAGUGUGUGUUGCCCUGGGUGGAAGCAACAGGGCCGGGAAUGUCCUAUAGCUCUGUGUCAGGGAAACUUCACCUGUCAGGCAAAUGAAAUCUGUGUCGGACCCAACCAGUGCCGCUGUAGGCAUGGAUAUUUUGGAGCGAACUGCGAGACCAAGUGUCCUGAACGGUUCUGGGGCCCAGACUGCAGGGAGAUGUGCCUGUGUCACCCAAAUGGGCGCUGCGCCGACUCAACAGGUAAAUGCACCUGCAACCCUAACCGCUGGGGGCCGACCUGCAACAAGCUCUGCCUGUGCCACAACGGGAAGUGCGACCAGGACACGGGGAAGUGCAGGUGUGAACCCCACCGGUGGGGCACCACCUGCUCUAACAUUUGCUACUGCAGCCCCAACUCCCAGUGCGACCCAAGGACGGGCAAGUGCAUCUGCCAGCCGGGCUGGUGGGGGCGCAGCUGCCGUAACCAGUGUGCCUGCAACAACUCGCCCUGUGACCAGAUGCAGGGCAGGUGCCAGUGCAAGGAUAAGUUCUGGGGGCCAAGGUGUGAACGCUGCCAGUGCAUUCAUGGGAAAUGCAACACUAUCAAUGGGUCAUGUGCCUGCUAUCCUGGAUACAGAGGGAAAUACUGCACAGAACCCUGUCCGGCCGGAUCUUUCGGGCACGGCUGCAGAAGGAGGUGCGGCCAGUGUAAGAAUCAUCAUCCCUGUACAAUCGCUGAUGGCCGGUGUCUGGCCUGUGAGCCUGGCUGGAAUGGAACCAGAUGUGAUAAAGUAUGCUCCGCGGGUUUCUAUGGAGAAGGGUGCGGAGAACAAUGUCCUCGCUGCAAGGACGGGCAUACUUGUAACCACAUCACUGGGAACUGUCUGCAGUGUAAUCCUGGAUGGAUUGGAGCUCAGUGUGACUUAAAAUGCCAAAACGGUACCUAUGGGGAAAACUGCGACUCAGUGUGCACAGAUUGCUUCAACGGGACCUGUCACUUUGAAACAGGAGAGUGCGUCUGCCACAAAGGUUUCCAUGGCCUUUCAUGUAACAUGACCUGUCCCUCAGGACUCUAUGGAGCCAAUUGUGUUCACCCCUGUCCAUGCAUUGAGGCCAACUGUGACCCAGUUUACGGCACGUGCAUUUUGGGUUCCAACGGGCGAGUCGGCGUGAUCGCAGCUGGUUCUCUGAUUUUGUUCCUGCUCCUCCUGCUCCUGUUCUUCUUAUGUUGUUACUGUCUCCUUCACAAGAAGAAUCGAGGAAAUGAUUCCAACCAAGUCAUCACCGUUCGAGGCAAGCAGGCACGGAGACGCUUGCGUGGCACCAUCAGCCAGAUCAGCACCAAGCUGCCCAGAAUCCCCAUUAAGCGGCAGAAAUUCCCAAAGGUUGUAGUGGCCCAUCAUGAUAUGGAAAACACCCUGAACUGUAGCUUCAUUGAGCCACCUUCAAUGAUGGAUCAGCCUUCACCCUCCUGGUCUUCCCAUGGCUCUUUCUCAUCUUUUGAUACAGCGGAUGAUGGCCCUGUGUAUUGUGUGCCUCAUGAGGAGAGUAUCAUGGAGAGCAGUGUCCGUGACAAGGCAAACCUGGCGGAAAAACUGGCCCCUGCUGUUAGUGAAGAGGAUGCUGGGGAGUACACAUGCUUGAAAGGCGACCCCAACGACAUGCUGCUUCUUAAAUUGUCAGACAGCGAAGCCUCCAGCAACGGCUCCGGCUCGACCAGUGGGGCAGUGUACGCCAAAGUCGCUCGACUGUCCAAACAGUCAAAAGACAGCAACAACAGUAUCAACACCAACAGCAGCAGAGCCACCAAUAUCAGUGGCAAACAGCCCUCCCCUGAGAGGACCAAGCCUCCCCCUCCUGACCCGUCAACAAAGCCCAAGUUAUCCUGGAUUCAUGGCAAAUUUAACUCCAGCCAACCUAACACAGCGUCAACUGCAAGAUCUCCGUCUCUGGAUAAGGCGUCCGCUCAGACGGAGGGCCACCAUAUCGCCUCAGAUGGCAGGAGAAGGAAUGUGAGCGAAUCCUCUGUUGGACAUUAUGGCAGACAAGAUGAGAAGAGAGCUUCCGGCGAGGUCAAGCUGAGGCGCAAGGACAAGGGCCACAGCCGGGUGAGGGAACACACCCCUAACGAACCGAGUCAGGGCAGCAUAGUGCAGAAGAGCAAAACAAGCCCGGAGCAGAUGCGGAAUCUUAAUGGCACCAUCCAGAGUGCAUCAAAAAGGAGUGGACCUUCACCCCAUGACAAGAAGCCAGUGGAGGGGAGAGAGUCGCAAAGAAAUCCCCCACAGGCAAAGGGUAGGCCUGAGGUAAUUCACCCUCAUCUAUCCCCAGAGACGGCUACCAUGCUGGCUGCCCAGCUCAAAGAGAAAACCCAGAGCCUAAAUAAGUCAGAGGUGAACAUGAGGCAGAACGGGCUGAUUCCCACCCACCAGCAGCGGGAGAAGCCCACGCCCCCGCAAAAAGCCAAGCGUUCCUUUGGCGCCAACAGCCAGCGAGCGGUCAUUCCGACGACAAGCAACCUUCAAAAGAUGAUCAGCCCUUCUCCGGAGCAGCAGGAGGCUGCGGGAGGCAGUGUCGGCGGUUCGACCCCGGAGAACUGCAGCUAUCAGGAGCAAGAUGGAAUGAACUGUUCUCAGGCCAGACAGGAAACGGGUGAGCAGACACCCAAAAGGACACCAAUUAAAAAGCCUCCAAGGAAACGCAGCAAAGAGGCAACUUUGGAAUCGCAUCCAAAAACACCCAUCAUGUCCCCUCAGGUGAUGGCUGUAAAGGAGUCAUAACCAGAAGCCACAUACUCCCACUGGCUGAUGUCCAGCUCACAGUGCAGCAGGGCAGAAGGGUGGUUAUAAGCCUCAUGAAAACCCAAGGAGCUGUGUAGUUGUACUGCACUGCAGUGGCCCAACCAGAAGCAUCAGAUAAAUUACUAACUUUUAAUAUGCUGUAUGUAUCUGAGUGUCUUUCCCCUCACUUACCCUCCCCUGAAGGUCAGAUGUGGACUAACAAUGCCAAAUGAAUUAAGUAUUGUAUUGACUCUGAUAGAUGACCAAAGAAUCUUUCCCAUGACCUUAUCUGUGACUGAUGAGCAGUAAUGAUAGAGAGAACCAUUGAUUAUUGCAGAUUGUUUAUAGAGUUAGGCUUCGUUCUCUGGACAGAAGAAUCCAACCUUUUGUGACAUGUAUUUCCAUAAAUUUUACAACAGCAAAGCUUUCUCCGAGAAAGGAACACAUCAAUUCCUCAUCACUUUUUGUGAUCUUAUUCAGUAUCAGAUUGCAGGCUUUUGUAUUUAACUCUUUUACAGUUCUCAGUGACUGAAACAAAAUGGAUGAUUAAGAGGCUCAAGGCCGGGAGAUGAAGGUGACAUGCCUUGCUUAAGAGCUGGUAACUUGCUUGGUGCUGCACUUGCUUCAGUGAUUUCCACUUGGGCACCUUGCUGCUGAGACGUGGCAGGGAACAGGAGGUGGAGAAGGGAGAUUGACAAGAACCUGAAGUUGACAGGGAAGGGGUCAUUGUUGGCAGGAGAUGAUGCCUGAAGCAGUUUGGAGUGCGCAGAAAAUUAUCCUGGAGAAAAGAGAGCCCAGGGAGAAGAGUUGGCGGUCACAGAAUGGUUUGGUUCAUUAUAUAAGUGUCAUUGCUGAUCACUGGCUUGCAGAGGUGGGAGUUUGCAGUGAGAUUCUCAACAGUCACACUGUAUUUGUAUUAGCUUUCAGGAGCAUCUUGCAAACAUAGGUUUAGCCUCUCAAAUGCUUUUGAUGUAUUUUACAGUUUUGCAUAUUAUGUGCGUGAGACAUUCGGUAACACUUGGCCAUGCUGUCAUCUGUGAGAGAUGGAGAGGGGAAGAGCCUGAACUGGCUGGGAUUACUGUGCUGCUGUCAGCGCACUGGGACUCCCUACUCUUGGCGCACUAUGUCCCAGCUUCUUUCUGCAUACAAUCAUUUUUAUGUGUAAGAUAUUUUUUUUUUUCAAGUUUGAUUAAAAAUGCCAAGCAAAAAGAAUAAACAAGUUUUCUUUCCUCA